ACACCAAACGCAGCGCCUCCUCGCAAUUAUCGCGGUUGCAUAAAAAUAUAUGAUUAAUCUGUUAUAGAGGCGAAUUUGGGUUCGUUCGGAAUGAGGCUUUGACUCCAUCCGAGCAAAACUACCCGAACAAAACAUUAUUAUAGCACAGGACAUCACCAUUUAACAUUUAACCGAUGCUCAUUUACAGCAGUUGGCGUUGCUUGUAUAAUCUAUAAUCGCGUUUCGAUCCGGACCUUGGAUUGGAUCUGCCUGUUGUUCAGAUUCAGCACUGGACAGCGACCGAUUUUGUCGCUCGGACAUUCAAAACGACAAGGAAUCCUCGAGAAAGGGCAAACAACUGCGCAAUCCUACUCUGACUGCCUCGCUUUCCCUGUCUCUCCUCAGUCGAAUCGACCCUUGCUUGGCUCGGGGCAAUGCGCGGCUAGAUGACUUCACUACAUCAACAAGCACGGUAGCCCUGGACUAAAUAUAUCACCACACCCCCCUACCUUCUCUCUUCCUUCUCUCUCAUCUUGAGCGCCUCCCGCCCGCUAGCACCAUGGGUAACCGAGGAAUGGAGGAUUUGAUCCCGCUGGUCAAUAAACUCCAGGACGCUUUCAGCGGCAUCGGUCAGAGCUGCAAUCUUGACCUGCCACAAAUCGCGGUAGUCGGCGGACAGAGCGCUGGCAAGAGCUCGGUGUUGGAGAACUUCGUUGGCAGGGACUUCCUGCCCCGAGGCUCUGGGAUCGUCACCCGCAGGCCCCUUGUCCUGCAGCUCAUCAGUGCCAAUGCAGAAUGGGCAGAGUUCUUACACUGCAAAGGGAAGAAAUUCACUGACUUCGAUGAGGUUCGCCAGGAGAUUGAGGCGGAGACUGACCGCAUUACUGGGGCCAAUAAGGGCAUAUCUCCCGUCCCCAUCAACCUGCGCGUCUACUCCCCACAUGUGCUGAACCUGACCCUGAUUGACCUGCCAGGCAUCACCAAGGUGCCCGUGGGGGACCAGCCAGUGGACAUUGAGCAGCAGAUCAGAGACAUGAUCAUGCAGUUCAUCUGCAGGGAAAGCUGUCUCAUCCUGGCUGUCACUCCGGCCAACUCUGACCUGGCCAACUCAGACGCCCUCAAACUGGCCAAAGACGUUGACCCCCAGGGCCAGCGGACCAUAGGAGUGAUCACCAAGCUGGAUCUGAUGGAUGAGGGAACAGACGCCAGGGAAGUCCUGGAGAACAAGCUGCUGCCCCUAAGGAGAGGUUAUAUUGGAGUGGUGAACCGCAGUCAGAAGGACAUUGAUGGAAAGAAGGACAUCAAGAUGGCUAUGGCUGCUGAGAGGAAGUUCUUCCUCACUCACCCGGCCUACAGACACAUGGCCGAAAAGAUGGGCACCCCGUGCCUACAGAAAGUCCUCAACCAGCAAUUGACCAACCACAUCCGCGACACGCUGCCGGCGUUCCGUAGCAAGCUGCAGACCCAGCUUCUGUCUCUGGAUAAGGAGGCCGAGGAGUACCGGGGAUACCGCCCUGAUGACCCGGGACGUAAGACCAAGCAACUGCUGCAGAUGGUGCAGCAGUUCUCCGUGGACUUUGAGAAGCGCAUCGAGGGCUCUGGGGACCAGGUGGAUACUGUAGAGCUCUCUGGUGGAGCCAAGAUCAACCGUAUCUUCCACGAGAGAUUCCCUUUCGAACUGGUCAAGAUGGAAUGUGAUGACAAGGAGAUGCGGCGGGAGAUCAGCUACGCCAUCAAGAACAUUCACGGUAUCAGGACUGGCCUGUUCACUCCAGACAUGGCAUUUGAGGCCAUCGUGAAGAAGCAGAUAGUGAAGAUCAAGGAGCCGUGUAUCAAGUGUGUGGACAUGGUCAUUCAGGAGCUGAUCAACACCGUGCGCCAGUGUACUAACAAGCUGGAUUGCUUCCCCAGACUGCGUGAGGAAACCGAGAGAAUUGUGACCUCACACAUCAGAGACAGAGAGAGUAGGGCCAAGGACCAGGUGUUGCUGCUGAUCGAUGUCCAGCUCUCAUACAUCAACACUAACCAUGAGGACUUCAUAGGCUUUGCUAAUGCACAGCAGAGCAGCAAGCAGAGCAGCAAGCAGAGUAAUGCUGCAAGCCAGGUCAGCCAGGUCAUCCGUAAGGGCUGGCUAACCAUCAACAACAUCAGCAUCAUUAAAGGUGGGGCCAAGGAGUACUGGUUUGUCCUGACCGCUGAGAGCCUGUCCUGGUUUAAGGAUGAUGAGGAGAAGGAGAAGAAAUACAUGCUCCCUCUUGACAACCUGAAGGUGCGAGACGUGGAGAAAGGCUUUAUGUCCAGCAAGCACGCCUUCGCCAUCUUCAACACCGAGCAGAGGAACGUGUACAAGGACAACCGUUUCCUGGAGCUGGCCUGUGACACUCAGGAUGAGGUGGACAGUUGGAGGGCUUCUCUCCUACGCGCUGGGGUCUACCCCGAAAGAUCUUCCAAUGUGGAGAGUGAGGGCGGCGGCUCCUCGUCCUCGUCCCAGGACAACUUUUCCAUGGACCCUCAGCUGGAGCGAAAAGUGGAAACCAUCCGCAACCUAGUCGACUCCUACAUGGCCAUCGUCAACAAGUGCAUCCGCGACCUCAUGCCCAAGACCAUUAUGCACCUCAUGAUCAGCAACGUGAAGGACUUCAUCAACGCGGAGCUGCUGGCCCAGCUGUACUCAGCCGGGGACCAGGGUGCCCUGAUGGAUGAGUCCCAGGAGCAGGUCCAGAGGAGGGAUGAGGUCCUCAGGACCCACCAGUCCCUGAAGGAGGCCCUGGCCAUCAUAGGAGACAUCUCCACCACCACCAUCUCCACCCCCAUGCCGCCGCCCGUGAACGACUGGCGCAGUGGAGGCGGCAACAGGUCUCCUCCAACCAGCCCCACUGGUUCCAGGAGGAUGUCAUCAGGCCAGCGCCCUAGUCCCGGAGGGGGGCGAGGGGCUCCACCCCCUCCUAACCGCCCAGGACCCCUGGGGCCCUUCAACAACAGUGCUGAUAGCCCCCAGGUCCCCAGCCGCCCCAACCGGGCCCCUCCCAGCAUCCCCAGUCGGCGACCUCCUCCUUCUCCAACAAGAAAUGUCCCCCCAUCUUAAGCAGUCAAAAGAGCUUGUGAUCUCUUAAGGGCCUAGCGCUCAUCCCCUAGCGCUCAUCUGUCCCCAUACCAACCCCAUUCCCCCUAUCCUCCACAAGCCCCUCUUCUGUCUAUCCUUUACAUAGUGCAGACAUUGAACCUUUUGCCCUCUGUCCCUGACCCCUGACCUCACGCCAGGUGACGAUCGAUGUCCAUGUAUCUAUGUACAGUAUGGUGCUUGUCUUGUGGUGUAUCUUUCUGUAUGUGUGCUUGUGCUCACCUGUGGUCCAGGUCUGUUUAGCAGAUCCAGUUCCAACUGAGUUUCAGCCCCUAGAAAACCUCCAUCUCCCUUACCUAGAACCCAACUUGCUGUCCCUAGAACCCCAUCCUCACCCUCCACCCACCUCCACCUAGACCCCACUUGCUGCUUCUCUACAUAUCUAUGCUCAGCAGUGGCACUGCCCUACCCAUUCCAAAAUGCAGCAUGGCACAUAGGUUGCUUUUAUUGCAUGUGUGUGUGUGUGUGUGUGUGUGUGUGUGUGUGUGUGUGUGUGUGUGUGUGUGUGGGAGGGGGUCUAAUUGGCCUAUCUGGGCCAAGUUAGUUUUAGUAUCAUAUAUUACAUAUUGUACAACACCUUCUUUCUGUGGGUUAUUGGCUAGGUGUUCUUCUCUUAGAGAGGAAAGAAUAUGUCUUAGUGGAGUGUGUGUGCGUGUGUGUGAAUGUAAGUGUGUGCAUAUAUUUGUGCAUAUAUAUGUGUGUGAGAGUGUGCCAACACGUGUGCAUGUAUUGUCUGUCUGCACGUUGGUUUGAUGUUUGAGUUGUAAGCUGUUAAUAAAUCAAGACCCUUGGGACUAAUUUGAUGUUGGAUUACUGUGUGAUUUGUUCCUGUGUUGUAGUAGCAGUCAAUACACAUAGAACAAGGCUGAGGACAUUGUUCAAAGCAAAACAGCCUCAAUAAAUGGUAUGCCUGUAUCUACUGUAUCACUGGUCAAGUGGAAAUCUUCCUCACACCUUUAAGCUCAAACUCACAGAGGCUGGCUGGCGAGAUGGAAGGAAGUAUUCCCAACACACAGAGAGACAGAGAAAUACACUGAUAUUACCGGCAACAAUUAUGGGAAGAUACAUAUCUCUGUGUGACUGAGAACAGUGACAUUCUCCAUUUAGCCUUUGCCUCAGGUUGGAUUCAAACCUCCCCUGUGUUCAUGACUGAUCACAUGCCACUUCAGAACUGUGUAAAACAUAUCCUCCUCUCCCUGUCCUCUCCUUUUCUCCUCUCCCUCUUCCUCCCCAGUCCUGAGUCCAGUCAGCCACUGUGCCCAGAGCUUAAGGUGGAUUUGUGUAAAGUGCUCUCUGUCAGUUUGUUAUUGUGUAUGUAUGUGGUCCUCUUUUGAGACUGUGUUCUGCAGUACAUACAUACACACCAAGGUAUUAAUAAUACAGAGGUGACUGUUGACUAUAAUGACCUUGUUACAAUCUAGCGCUUGUUCUCUCAAUGUCUCUAGUGUUCUCUCGCUCUACUUCUCUAAAUAGAUCAAUUAGACCGCCAUAGUGGCAUGAGUUACAAGUCUGUAUUGCCAAAGUUAAUUAUAAAAAGGAAAUCAUACAAUAUCAAGCAGAACAUCAACAAUGUGGUUCCUAUAGUUAUGAAAAUAUAUUGUAUGUAGGAGGAUUUAGAUUAAUUGGGAAUUGAAUUGCAACAGUGGUUCUUUUCUUUCUGUGUGUCUGUAUCUCUCUUCAAUAAACUAUUCCCCUCCCACUU